CCAUACUGAAGACACCCAUAUUGAAGAGCUGACAGAUUCUAGAUUUUUCUUAAACGAACAGAGUGUUAAUCGUUUUAGUAGUUGAACAGAAACUAUUUAUAUUCAAUUAAAGAAGACACGAUCAGGAAGCUAUUUGUCGUCAUCUGUUUUAGUUAACUUGUUGUAAUGAGUUCAGAGGUCAUAGAUCAGGAGCAGGAAGCCAGACCUGAAGGCUUGGGACAUGACGACGAAGACAAGGAUAUUAAACUAAGUGAUGAAAACAGAAAUGAAAUGAAGCAAACUCUACAGGACAACAUUAAAUACCACAAAAAACAUUAUGAAUACUACGAAACUUAUCUUGAAGAUUUAAGUAAGGUGAAAUAUACAUGGGAUCUUGAGGAAUUAGAAAAAAAGAGAAAAAAAAAUAAACAAGGUCUUCCUAAAAAACCGAAGAAAUUUAAACCUACUGAAAAGCCCAAAAAUGUGAAACAAAAAUGGUUUCUGUCAAAAGAUGGAAUUAAUUUACUUAACGAACUAAAAUCCCAUGUGUUGGAAAAAGAUAAAAAUAACUCACAAUUAAAAGAGUUGGAUGAAUAUGACGACAGUAUUUCGAAAGAAGAAGAAAUUAGUGAUAUUGUGAAAAAAUGUGACAAAGAAUUGGACAAACCAAGUGACAAUCCCUUACGUCAGUAUAUUAACUAUGGCUUAUGGCUUGAAAAGUUACGUAAGCUGAAACCUGGACAUUUUGAAAAAUUCGUUCUGGAAAACUUAAAGCACUCGGUAACUCAUGUAAAAAAUAUUCGAAAUGUUGCUAGGUUGUGCAAUGACUACAAAAAGCUGGCAAAUGUAGAUUUAAACUUCACAGAUAUGAAAGAUCUACAUCCUAAACUGUACCUAGCUCUCAAAGAUCACCCAGAACAGGCAGAAUUCUGGCGCCAGGCCUAAGCUUUCACACCAGACUUAUAGAUGUUAUCAAGUUAUGCCAAGUGGACAUUUAAUCCAAAUUCAGUUUUAAGAAAACAGAACAAACCUUCAUGAUUUACAGAGCAUUUGCAACAACGACAUCAUCAUCAGCAAAAUAGGGUAGGAAGAAAAAUAGAAAUAAAACACAAGAAAGUUCAACGAAGUGAUAUUUUAUUUACUUUACAAGAAAAUACUUCCAGAACAAAACGUUUCCAGUGCGAUCAUUUAAAGUGAUAAGCAUAGGCCAAAAGUGAUGGCCUUCAAAUCUACUUUAAAGUCAUCAAAUUUUAUCUUUUUCUCGGGAAUGGCGAUUGCGUUAACAUUGAUUUAAACUCCAGACAUUGUAUUUAUAAACAUAUAAUAAAGUAAAUGUAUUUUUAUAAACUACUUUUGUUGACAUUCAAUAAUAGAAAUUCCACAUUU